UGACACAGUGAGUAAAGUGGAAAACACUUCUGUCACUUUAGACACUGGUGUUACUGAACUACAGACUGAUGAUGUGCUCCAGUGGAUGUUUGGAGAUGAAGAAACUCUUAUAGCCAAAUCAAUAAAAAGAACAAGAUCACUACAGAUGAUGAGAGAUUCAGAGACCGACUGAGGUGGUGUUUGUUUGGAUCUCUCACCAUCACAGAUGUCAGAACUGAACACACUGGACACUAUAUACAGAAGAUCAUCAGCCGCAGCAGAGGAACAUCAUACACUCAGAUUUAUGUCAUUGUUGAAGAUAAAAUAACAACUGUGGAGUUAGAAGGUCGUGUUACUCUUAAGACUGGUGUUACUGAAUUACAGGGUAAUGAUAAGAUAAAGUGGACAUUUGGAGACGAAGAAACUCUCAUAGCGCAAAUGAUUGGAUGGAACGAACCCUCAUUAUGUGACUUUAUAGAUGAGAGAUUCAGAGACAGACUGAAGCUGGACCCUCAGACUGGAGAUCUCACCAUCACAAACGCUACAGUUGGAUGCUCUGGACUUUAUCAAGUACAGAUCCACAGCCGCGGAAGAGACAUAGAAUACAUUGGAUAUAAGGUUGCAGUCUUUGUGUACUGUUUCAAUGGAGAAUCUCUCACUCUACACACUGACAGUCAAAUACAGAGAUGCAGUGAGAUCCAGUGGAUCUAUUAUUAAACCCGUCUGGUCACUGGAAAGAAUGAGCCCAAAUAUACAGAUGAUGAGAGAUUCAAAGACAGACUGAAGAUGAAUCCUCACACUGGAGAUCUCACCAUCACAAACACCAGAUUAACAGACAAAGGAGUUUACACAUUUCAGCAGAUCAACAGUGAUGGAAAGAUCUCAUACAGAAUCAUUCAGAUGUUUGUCAGGGGGGAGAGGAUAAGAACAGUAGAGUUGGGAGGUUCUGUUACUCUAGAGACUGAUGUUACUGAAAUACACACUAAGAUAGAGUGGACAUUAUCAAGAGAAAUCCUUCCCAUAGCUCAAAUGACUGUAGGGUCUGAACCCUCAUACAACUCAAAUGAUGAGAGAUUCAGAGACAGACUGAUGAUGGACCCAAAGACUGGAGAUCUCAUCAUCACAAACAUCACCGCUGAACUCACUGAAGAUUAUGCAGUAAAUAUCCACAGUCCCAGAAGAGAGACAGAAUACAGGAUUUACAUUGUUGCCAGUUUGGUGAUCGCUGACAAGGGAGAAUCUGUCACUCUACACACUGACUGUGAAAUACAGAGCGACAGUGAGAUCAAGUGGAUGUUAGAUGAUGUUUUCCGUCUGGUAACUGUAAAGAAUAAAGAGAACUCUGAGAUCAAAUAUUCAGAUGAUGAGAGAUUCAGAGGAAGACUGGAGAUGAACUCUGAGACUGGAGAUCUCACCAUCACACACAUCAGACAAACAGACACGGGAGUUUAUAAAUUCCAUCACUUUAUUAGUUAUGAAAACACCUCAUGCAGGGCGUUCAGGAUUUUGUUCAGGGGAAACAAAGAAACUGAAUCAACGACCGUUCUGAUGCCUCUGUUGAAUGAAGCAGAAGAUGUUGAUCGAUCAGCUGAUGUUCAGGAUCACAUCAUCAACAUCUACAGUAAAAAGAGUUCACUGCUGUCAUGAUCUGUACUCUUUGAAAGAUAAUCUCCAUGUGUACUAUUGAUCUUGAGUUAUACAUUUAUUGAUAAAAAACUUUUUAAUUCACGAGUUCACCUGAGCAGAUGAUGAAGAUAGCAGGGGUAGUAAAAGUAUGUGUGUUUGCCGUGCUGUCCGGGGAGCGGAUUCCAAGCUCGCCGGUUCCAUCCGAUCCCAGAACACUCCUGCACCCCAAAAGGGGCGAGUGCGUCGAGCUCGGAAACUGCCGAACCCAGAACUCACCCCCCCGGGGUUCUGCUAUCAACAAGAGCUCAAGUAGAGGAGCCGUGGAGGAUGUGUAAUCCUUUAGAGAUGACUUCAGAUAAGAAUCCAUGUGUGCUGGUUUUAGUUAUAUGCUCUUUCUUCUCCUGAACUUUGUUAAUCGAUAAUCAUCCAUUAACAUCAUUAAACAGCCAAACAAACGUCAUGCAUUUGCCAUCGACACAGAUCAAUGGUCAGAAUCUGUUUAUCUUUUUAUAUUUUAUAUAUCUGUUAUUCGCAUGUUAUCAGUGAUUUGUGUGAUUGUAGACAGUGUUGAUUUAAUAUCAGAGGAUGAUGAAAUACCAGAUAUACAUGAAGAACAUCUGCAGUUUGUCUCUAACCCGUCGAUCUGCUUUUACACACAUUUA